AUGGGGAAGAAGGCGCCGCACUCGCCGGACAUAGAGGCGGCCCGACAUUGGCAUCCACCGCCGGGAGAGCAAUGGAUGUCAUGGCUUGUCCCAGUAAUAUUCGUUAGCAACAUAGGCAUGUUCGUCUACACCAUGUACCUCAAUGAUUGUCCAGAUUACUUGAACAAAGACUCAUGUCUCUUCUCAAAACAUUUGGGCAGAUUCUCCUUCCAACCUUUCCGGGAAAACCCUCUCCUCGGCCCUUCUACCCGCACCCUGCGGAUAUUAGGCGCUCUUGAAGAGGAUGGAGUCUUGGAGAAACACCAAGCAUGGCGUUUCUUCACCUGCAUGUUUCUUCACGCCGGAGUUGUCCAUGUUGUCGCCAAUAUGUUCAGCCUUCUCUUCAUAGGCAUUCGCCUCGAGGAGGAAUUCGGAUUCUUGAGAAUCGGAGCCUUGUACCUGCUUUCUGGUUUUGGUGGAGGUUUGUUGUCUCUCAUACAUUUGAAAAACACGGCAACGUCCAAGACCAUAUCGGUUGGCGCCUCCGGUGCGCUUUUCGGUCUUCUGGGAGCCAUGCUUUCCGAGCUUCUAACAAACUGGACAAUCUAUGCAAACAAGUGUGCAGCUCUUAUAAGUUUAUUGAUCAUCAUUGGCCUAAAUUUGGCCGUUGGAUUUCUUCCCCACGUGGACAAUUCAGCUCAUAUAGGAGGAUUUCUGGCCGGCUUUUUCCUGGGUUUUGUUCUCUUGAUGCGACCUCAAUAUGGAUAUGUUAGCCGCAAGUAUGUGCCUGCAGGCUGUAAUAUCAAACACAAAGCUAAAUACAAAUGCUAUCAGUACUUUUUCAUGGUGUCUUCUGUCAUCAUCCUACUCAUCGGAUAUGCUUAUUGCCUAGCUAGAUUGUACAUAGGAAAGCCAGAGGAUUUUUCCUUCCUAAAAAAGUCACCAAGAUGA